CAAGGACGAGCAGGACAGCGUCGGCCAUACUCUCUGCGCGGCGAGUCCGCUGCCUUUGCUGCCUCCUCCUCGCCUGCUGUACCUGCACAGCUAUCACAGUUUUGACUUAUAACACGGCGAUAUAUACCGUUAGUCGUCCUUUCGCAAGCGCAUAUCUGGAACGUUCGGACGAUCCUGGCCUUGACGCACCCCGCCUCGCACGCUCGAUAUGCCCGCACGACGCGCCUCCACCGCGGCGGCGACGCAGCCGCCUGCUGCAGGGCGCGUACACAGGAGCAACGGCUCGAGCACCAGUGUGGUGGCCUCUUCACCGACCGUCGUCCACGGUGGCUCGCCCUACCCGGGCUCCUCGAAUGGCGCUAGCACAUCGGGGACGCCGCAGCAGAAGAUGGUCGUAGUCUUGAUUAAUCGGCUCAGAGGAAAGUUGCCAUGUUAUUCGGGUACAACGCUCCCCGAAGUCGAGAGCGAUGAUCCUUUGCGCCAAACAGUGGAAUCGCUGAAGGACAUUUCGAGAGACUCGAUUGAUAUUGUCGCUUGGGCAUUAACAGAGCUUCUGGAGAAGCUGCACAAGAAUUUCGACAUAACGGGCCCGAGAGCUCUUGAGGUUCUCCAAUCACAGCUUUUUGUGCUCAAAGUGCUCUCUAUUGCCAUGGCCUCACGGUGGAAGAAGCAACAAGACACACGGCCAGAGUCCAGUCUUGAGAAACGCUCGAACGGCCCACCGUCCAUCUCUAGCAUCCCUGGCUCAUCGGCGAAUUCAUCGUAUCACAUGCCCCGAGGCCGCCAAGCGUCGUCUGAACAACUUAGCUCGCUUUCACCUUGGAUAGAGCCCACCCCGCUCGAUGAGACCUGUGCUCGGUACAUUCUCAGCGUUAUGGUGAUGUUCCUUCGGCAGGCGGCCCCUCCGCAAGAGCGUCUCAUGUCCGCGGCUAACCUGGAAUUCGAUGCAUCAUACCAUGACCUUGAAUCGAUAGAGUCGAUCGAGGUCUCGGCUCCACUGGAUAUCUCUCACAGUGCACUCCCCACCUCACCUAAUGUCGUACCUGUUUACUCCAAGGCAGAGACUUCAAGAGCCAAGCUGCCGUCGUUCAUGCGGAUUCACGUGCCUAUCGUACCGAACAUCCACACACAUCAUUCGACAUCCUUCGAGCGAACCUCACCUGCCCUCUGCAACUCUAUAUCUGCAAUGCACACCCUAAUCGCCAAGUUCUCCGGACGAGUUGUAUAUCACUUAUCAGGUUCUAAUUGGGCCGUUGUUUUCUCUCGCAUCAAGAGCAAGAUCCAUGUGCUCGCUAGCAAUAGCGAAACUGAUCCGGACAUCAUGGACGUGCGGCUCAUGACACACUGUUGGCUUGACCGAGCGCGCCUUGUGCAGCUGCUGCAUGAGUUGUCAUCGCUGCUCGUCAACAUGAGACGUGAGGCCCAGACUGCCAUCGCCGCGCCCUUGCGGACGGCGGUAUGGAACUGGAUUGAGUUCCACCAAGAAGAGUUUGAUGAUGCUCAGCGACAUCAUCGCAGAUUAGAGGGCACGCCAGAGCGUGUCUUUGACAUUUUAUACCAGCUGGUCGAGAACUCGAACAAGGCUGCUAUAUGGCCUACGCUGACUGUACUUAUGUGCAUCAGCAACGAUAGGAUCAAGACGGAGUACGACCUACACUCUGGGGGCGUGAUGCCGAUACAUGCUGGGCGAAAGGAUCGUGGUUUCUCUCAGGUUUUGAUACGAACUAUGCUACACCUAUCGCGCGCCUCAGAAGUGGCUAUCAUCUGUAUUUUGGACGUGUGCCGCGCGGCAUCGCGUAUCGAGCCGGGAGAAGAAGUUGCCCUGCAAGCCAUGGCAUAUGACCUGGCACACGAAGUGAAGGUUAUCCUCAGCAAGUGGGGCGGCAACUCCAAACCGUUCUGGGAGUGCCCAGACGAAAUCGACGUCGCCCUUGUCUCAGACGCGCUCGUGACUCUCUUCCGAUUUUUGCCCACCACGGAGAGCAUGCCUAUCAUUAUGCAAGCUCUGCAGCCCGAGAUGUCGGAUGCCGUCAAGAUCUCAGCUAUCAAGGCGUGUAUAACGCUGAUCACUGAGAGCUCCAUUACUCGUCGCGGUGAAAUCGAUUCCAACGGCCUAGUGAAGAAGGCGAACUACCGCCCCAAGGCCAAGCGAUACACCACAGAGACCUUGCCGGACCGCGAACUCGCCAUUCAUGUCACUAUGGCGCUCUGGCGUGCGGACGUCCACUGGUUUCUGGACGGCAUCAACCCUGACAACGAGCCCAGGUGGAUACCAGAUACCCUCGAGCAGUGGCAGGCGGAGUCGGGCUCGUCGGUCAAGUGGGGAAUGGCGAAGACUAUCCGGUACAUCCAAGAGGGUAUCCGGGCCUCUGCUGAGGGAUCACCGACUUUUGUCGCUGGCUCGAAGUGGAUGAUGCAUUGCGGAUCAGGAACGAUGGCCGCCUUCGGCCUGACCUUGCUUACAUGCCGUACGGACUUCCGAAGCCAAAAGAUGUGGAUGGAGAUGGCGUACGAGCUUCUCUACCGAUUCACGCGGUUAACGAUAGAGAAAGUGCGCCACAUUCAGCUGACUCCGGAACGUGUCCCCGCCUUCGCCAUUGCCGAGAUUGCGUUCAUGGUGACGCUAACCUCUGCGGAACGGCAAACUUCGUGGAUGGCCGCUCAAUGUCUGCGCAUCAUUGCUGGCGCCGAAAGACAGAAAGGCGGCGCGCCGCCGCAUUUCACGACCGAGGAGGAGAAGGUGAAGCGGUAUCCCGUCUUUGAGCAGCUGGGAGAUCCAAAGGCGCAGCCUCUUGGGCGUGUUGCCGACCAGAAGCGUAUCCGCAAGCUCAUGCGGGUAUUGGCUAUCCCCUCUUCGGCGCACAUUGCAGUAUGGCAAGAGUGCUACUGGCGGUGGUGCAUGCUCAGGGAGAUGAGCAGCCCGACCUCUAUGGACGCUCUGGAGGAAGGACCGCUUCCAAAUGGUGACGGUUCACUCACGGCAGAGGUAAAUCCUCUACACCCUAGAGAGGAACGUCCAUUGAACGAGUUACAGGAUCGGCAGAACCAGUGGCAUAACCUGACGCUCUUUCUCACCGCAUUCGGAGCGACAUGUUUGGACAAUGUUAAUGAGCCCUUUGAUCCAUCGGGAUUGGCGGCGUUUAUCCCCGUACGAUACCUACCCGACAAUCUGCGAAUCUUGAGGGAACCAAAGCCACUCCUCGAAAGCUUCAUCUCUGAGCUCGUCGAUCUCUUAGUAGUCGACAACGAGAAGGUCCGCGAGCUAGCUAGGGAAGCGCUGUCUACUGAGGCGCAUCCUCGGAUAUACCCUCUUAUCCUCCGAGAGCUCAAGAGGGUCCUGGACGACAUCGCACGAGAAGAUGACCUCGCAUGGGGUACGGUUGCCGUGUUCCUGGAGCAGUUCACGAUGAUCCUGAAGGUCGUCAUUGAGAAUGCUCCCAGCGGAGAAGAGCUGCGUGGGAUGGAUGUGAUGUCGACGCUGUGCACCGUCGCUUCGCUCAUUACGCGCAUCAACGACUCGUCGACGGUACGCCUGAAGCUCAAGUUUUGUCUUCUCUGCGACACCUACCUCGACCACUCCGACUCGCUAUCGAUCCGGAAAGACGGUCUGUUUCGUGUCGGCAUUGCAGACUUCGUUGUUGAAUGGCCACAAGACUUUGCUGUGUACCCAGACCAGGAAGCCGGACGCGUGAUGCGCGAGCUUAGCUGCGCUACUCUCCGGACCGCGGUAAAGUUGUUUGACAAGCUGGACUUGCAGCCCGAAGAAGGCCAGCAGGAAGAGCCCGGGCAUAACGUCGCACGGCUGUUCAUACGGUACUCGGGCUUCCUGUUCAAGAUGCUUGAUCGCCUCAACCCUACGAUGGUGGAUGACGGUCUAUCAGAGCAGACCAGCUUUUCUCAGUCGAAGAUAUCCAACAAGGACGUCGACCUGCGUGAGCUCAUCAUCAACGGUCUAGCGUCCCUAAUAAGCGCAAACACCGAGUUCGGCAUCAAGCAUUGUUUACCGAUGACCUACGACGCCGACCCCGUCCGACGCGUCAUUUUCGCGCAUGUCUUCGCUCGUGUCAUCGCUAAGGGUAUCCGAUUUAACCCGCAGAAGGAGCAAUCGACGUCCACGAAGCAAGACAAGCUCAUUGAACUGAUCAAGACUGGAGAGACGGAACUUGCUCUAGCUAUUUGCUCGUGCUGCCCUCCCGGUGAAGCGGACCAGAUUAUCAACGUCAUGCUCAAUCUGUUUGAUACGAGGUCAAAGCUCAUGAGUCUCGUCAAGGCGAUGAUUGAUAAGGAGAUCAGUAGUACAGAGACUGAGGCAAGUCUAUUCAGAGGCAACUCCAUCUGCACGAGGUUUCUGUCAGCUUUUGCGCGAGUCUAUGGCUAUAACUAUCUCCGGAACCUGAUUCAGCCUCUCAUCAAGACGAUGUCUUCCUUACCUCCUGGCCAUGCUUACGAUCUCGACCCCAGCAAGGCUCCGAACAUGGACUACGAGCAGAACAAACACGACUUAAUCUAUGUUGCCUCUGCCUUUCUCGAGAUUGUCUCGGCGUCAGCUCCCGUGAUUCCCUCAAUGUUUCGUGAGAUUUGUGCGCACAUUGGGAAGUCAGUUAACAAAGUUUGGCCAGAGGCAAAGUUCCAGACGCUGGGGGCUUUCAUCUUCUUGAGGUUCAUUUCUCCGGCCAUUGUGAAUCCAGGAGUAGUGGACGUUGAGGUCCCACCAGAUCCAGUGCUCCGGCGCGGCUUAAUGAACAUUGCUAAGAUUAUGCAGAAUUUAGCGAACAACAUCUUUUUCGGUAAAGAAGUGCACAUGGUCCCCUUGAACGACUUCCUCCGCGCGAACAUCGUGAACGUGACACGCUAUCUCAGCGAAAUCAAUAAAUACACCCCGCCAGAGGACGGUCACGAAGAAUGGUUGGAUACGCCUUUCGACGAGACAGACGCGAUCGUACUGCAUCGCUUCUUCGAGAAGCAUGCGGAUAAGGUUGGCAAAGAGCUCCUGAGCACAAGCAAGGCCGAAGAUGGUCCUGAAGAUGGUCCCGAUACAGCGCCUGGCAAACGACUCUGGGGCAGCAUCUGUAGCUCUCUGAUUGACGCGAACCAGCUGGGUGUGAUCCCGCAAAAAUCCGAGCUCACCAGUGAUCAGCACGAAGAGUAUCGAGCCCUCAUGAGUCGCUUCCAUCACAGAGACACCUCCUCGGUUCAGCACCUCUUCGCGCCUGCGGGCACACCUCCGGAUCAACUUGCAAUCUUCGUCGUGGUCGUGUCGAAGAUUGAAGUGGAGGCGCUAGAUCUAGAACUUUUACUAUACUACGUGUUCAAAACGUUGAUGUCUCCGCCGUAUGUCAAUCGCAACUUCGACAUCAUCUUCGACUGGACGGCCUUCACACCGAACUCGCAACUUCCCGUACAUUGGUUGAAGUUCGCGUAUGAGACAACCCCUGUUGAUAUUCGUCAACGAUUCAAGAUGUCACGCAUGCUCACUCCCAAUGCUCUGGCACUGAGAUAUAUGCGCAGGCUGUACAACCUUACGGGCGGUAUCUCGCUUUCGGAUGGAUAUACGAUGCAUACGUCAACUUCGGAGUUGCUCCGUAAUUACCCUGACGGAACGCAUGUGCCCUGUCUCCAGCAUGCUUUUGAGCAGGAGGACGAGCACGGCGAAGAGUUCACCGACGUAUAUAUGAGGCAUAACCAACCUAUCCGUGUCCCAGUCACACUGCGGGUAGCGCAGACCCAUCUCCGAAUAGUGGCAUUGAGAGCUACUUCGGUCAGCAAUGCCUUGUCCUGCAGAGCCACCGAGAUCAUUCCUUUGGUCGACAUCAGCGACGUGUACAACGUGGCUACCGGACACGAGCAGAAUGAGUUCAUUAUCAGGAAGAUUCGACACGGCAGCACGUUGUACUUCACGUCUGUGGAACGCGAUGCCGUUGUGAAGACGAUCAGAGUCACGAAGGGAAGCAUGAAGCAGGUUCCGAUACCUGGAUCGGAGCGGUUUUCGAAACUAUCGAAUGUUGUGGCUACAUUGUUGCAUAUUGGUAUGGUCAAUAUUGGCAGCGAUAACGAAGAGCUCCGGGUUGCAUCAUACGAGCUGCUCUGCUCUGUAUGCACGUACCUUGACUUCGAAGGGAAGCCUGUCGUUCCCACAAAAGCGAUUUUCGUGCCAGGGAGAGCCAGCGCUUUCGUUUCGCAGCUCAGUGACAAACUUGCUGGAUUCGCGCCUCAACUGACGCUAGACUUCAUCCAAGAAGUCGCGGCCGGUAUCAGCAAGCUGCCAGUCUCGCAACGCAUCAGCUGCCUGCAGUACAUGAGUCCUUGGGUCAGGAACCUGUCGCAGUUUACGGACCCGACUAAUCGCCUGCAUGACCACAAUGGAGCCAAGCUGCGCGACUGUGUCCGGAUGUUGAUUGAUCUGACCGCAGGUGACCAGGAGAUCCACUCGGUUGGUCAUAAGUACAUCUGGAGAGAGAUUGCAGAGUCGGACAGUGAUCUGAUCAACAUUGUGGUUGACGAGCUUAUGCGAGCGGCAGUGGAUGGUGGCAUUGGCUCGCAGCGGUGCGAGACAGUUGCUGAUACCAUGUCAGCUCUACGAUCCAUCCAUGUGCGGGGUCGACUUCUCUCGCGAAUCCGGAAGGUCCUUGGCAAGACAACGCAUCACCCGUCGAGAUCGUUAGCGGACAAUGACAACUGGAAUGAACUUGCUUGCUUAACCCGCUUAACCCUCGUCGCGAACUAUCUCCCUCGCCAUGUUACGCAUGGACAAGUUUUCGUACCAGAAUGUGCGCACUUUGUCAGCAUAGUCGCCGGCACAGGUCAACUACUCGUUCGAACUUCGGUAUAUGGCAUAGUCGUUAACCAGCUGCACUCAACCUACCUUGCCCGUUCCGCAUCCGGAGAAGGCAGCGCCACGCCAGAGAUACAGGCCUUGUUGGACGAAUUCGCCACUACGGAGACCCUUAAGAUUUUCGGCCUCAUUCGCCCGACGCCUACAAGCGACUAUGCGGUGUACGACCCGCCUAACGACAGGCAAUACCUCGAGAACCUGGAGAAGCUCUCGCGGCUUCUCGUGCGAGUGAUGGAAAUUCUUGCUGGAUCUCGAUCACUUCUAAAUACGUGGCGAGCCCGGUGGAUGGGGCUCGUAACGUCAUCUGCGUUCCAGGUGUCACCCGCGAUUCAGGCUCGUGCCUUCGUUACCCUCAGCAUUCUGGCAACUUCGGACGUCGACGACGACCUGCUGUAUCAGAUGCUCGUGGCCCUGAAGACGGCGCUGUUGACUUACGACGACUCAGACGCUACAGUUAUGGUUAGCAUGCUUCGUUGCAUCCACAAGAUUGUCACCGCGCUGCCCACGACAUCAAGAUACCUUGCGCAGCUCUUCUGGUUAGCUGUUGCCCUUCUCCAGUCUGGUCACAUCGGCCUGUAUGCCGAGGCUAUUCAGUUGUUGCGUGCCUCUUUGGAACGAAUGCACGAGCAAAACCUGUUCAAGAAGAGCGGUGUGGCAACGACGCUAAUGGAAAGCAGGGAGCCCUUGGACGAGGUCGCCUCUCAACUAGACCACCUGCUGGGCGUGUCCUUCCAAUCAAGCUUCUCGUUUACCCUGGCGCACAUCAUCUUCAAGGGCGUCCGCCACCAGAUGCUGAAAGACUCCGCCGAGGCUGCGCUACGGGAUCUCCUUCGGAUAACGGCACGGACCUGUGUCGACCACGAUCACGCAGACGGGACUGGCUCUUCACUCUGUCCAGAUGUCGUCGGCUACUUCAUCGCCCUUCUACCACUCUCGACGACUGUCACAUCGUUCAAGACUCUAUUGGAGGACGCCAGGGCUGAUCGCUCAUGGCUGACAGAAGAGAAGCUCCCUGUCGAAAACAAUGACGACGGGACCAUGUCCAGAAUUCCAUUCUCGCUCCUGGGCAUCCAAAAUGGCCUGAAUGCCCUGUACGCAGCGACAUUCGUGUCUACUAUCCUAAACUCUUCCCAGGGGGACGACACAGAGACAGAGAUGCUCUUCAAUAUCAUCUCAGACAUUGUUAGUACCUACCCUGAUACGGUGUCUACAGCAUUCGACUGCUUGCAAGAGAAGAUCAUAGACUCUUUCGCCAGUGCUAACAACACUACAAUUCUCUUGGCGUGCUCGAACAUAUUCCACGUUGCCAUGCAGGAUGCUCGCUACUCUUCCAUACUUCGGAGCUCAGCACCGACGCCAACUACUUUGGGCGAGCUCAACGGGUCAGCGCGUGUCAGCGAGCUUACAGACGUCGGCAUGGGUGGUCUUGCGAGCAUCUACAGCUUCUCAUCCGACCCGCGCACAGUCGCCAUGAUCCAGUGGACAGCUCAGCUGGUGUCGAAGAUCAUCGAAUAAGUUGUAUGUGAGGCGUGUCCAAUCUAACGUCAUUCCUGUUUCUUCACGAGCUCCGUGCGUGCAUACUAUUUAAUGUGCUACUACUCCCAGGUCAUUCGGUGUAGCUUUUGGAUUGGCUUCUCACAAAGUAAUCCCUAUGGUACCCCCUAAUAUCUACUGCCUAGCAUGUGUGCUCCAUAGUUCACUGUAUACUACAUUAUGACUUUUUGCACACAGAUCAGUCAUUAUAGUCGUUUCUCUGUUGUCGUUCAUGAGAUUGAAGCUGGGCGGAAGUCAGCCGCAGCCAGCC